ACUGGAGAUCAUAAUUUUCAUGAGCAAAAUUUUGCAGCUUGAAGUCCCAGUUUUCAUUUAAUACCUAAUUUAUAAUUCCACUUAGGCAGGGGUGUGGUCCUAUGGGUGCAACAGGGUGGCAGCUACCUCAUCUGAAAUAAGCCUUGCCACUCCAAUUGCCACCCCAAUACUGACUCAAAUCACAUUGUUAUUUCUCCUAUUUAACUACUGCACACUUACUGAAUCCUAUCUAACUUACACCGAUAAGCCAUUACUUUAAAACCACUGACAGGUGUAGUGAAUAACAUUGAUUAUGUCAUUACAAUGGCACAUGUCAAGGGGAGGAAUGUAUUCGGCAGCAAGUGAACAGUCCGUUCUCGAAGUUGUUGGAAGCAGGAAAAAUGGGUAAGGAUCUGAGUGACUUUGACAAGGGCCAAAUUGUGAUGGCUAGGGUCAGAGAAUCUACAAAACGUUAGGUCUUGUGGGGUGUUCCUGGUAUGCAGUGGGCACCCAAGGCUUAUUGAUAUGUGUGGGGAGUGAAGGCUAGCCCGUCUGGUCUCAUCCCACAGAAGAGCUAAUAUAGCACAAAUAGCUGAAAAUGUUAAUGCUGUCUAUAAUAUAAAGGUGUCAGAACACACAGUGCAUCAGUGCACAUUGUUACAGACCAAGUACACCCCUUCAUGGCAACGUUAUUCCCUAAUGGCAGUGGCCUUUUUCAACAGGAUAAUGUGCCCUGCCACACUGCAAAAAUUGUUCAGGAAUGGUUUGAGGAACAUGACAAAGAGCUUAAAGUGUUGACUCGGCCUCCAAAUUCCCCAGAUCUCAAUCCGAUUGCGCAUCUGUGGGAUGUGCUGGACAAACAAGUCUGAUCCAUGGAGGCCCCACCUCGCAACUUACAGGACUUAAAGGAACUACUGCUAACGUUUUGGUGCCAGAUACCUCUUUAGAGGUCUUAUGGAGUACAUGCCUCGACAGGUCAGAGCUGUUUUGGUGACACAAGGGGGACCUACAUAAUAUUAGGCAGGUGAUUUUAAUGUAAUGGCUGAUCGGUGUAUGUUUAUUGCAGUCAUCAUUGUUGUGUUGUAGAUAUUUAACUCAAAUUCUGUGAAUAUAAAGAACUAUAGAGAAAAAAUUAAGCUAUUACAUAAAGCCAUUAUGGUGGCUAUUAAUUUUGCAUCAUAGGGCAAACAGCCAUGUUACUAAUGCAACCGUGUAGUAUAAUUAGCAUAUGCCUAACACCUUGUGCAAUUUUGAUGGAGGUAUUGUCAUCCUGGAAGAGACCACUUCCAUCAGGGUAGAAAUGUUUAAUCAUGGGAUGAAGAUGAUGAAUCUGAAUAAUUUGUAUUGAUAUUCAGUGACACUUCCUUCUAACGGGACAAAUGGACUGAAAUCGUAUUAGCAAAAUGCCCCAUAGCAAAGCAAUUAUUUUCUAAACCCCUUUAAUUUGUCACCUGUCUGUAUGUUGAGAAGGGUGGCAGAAGGGAAAUAUAUGAGAUGCGAGAACCUUUUUUGACACCAAAUGCUUAAAAAUGUUUAGGGAUGGGUUUCCAUGUGUGUUUGUGAUUAUCUUGGAUGAAUCUGGCAUAAGUUAAUUAUUUCCGUUUGAGACUCUGUAAACUGUUAAAAAAGCCCACUGACUUCCUCCCAUUAUCUAUUCAAAUAUCACACUUAUUAUUUAAAUAUUUAGAACAAUAUUUUGUCUGUUUAUUGGAGAAAUUUAGAUUGUCAUUAGAUUCCAAUUGAUAUUGUCCAUGGUGUACAUAUAAUCUGAGAUAUUGACUUUUGGAUUAAAUCCAUUCAGUUAAUGUGACCAAUCAAAUAGGCCAGUAACUGUAUAAACUUAAUAAUAAUUAAAAAAAAAAAAACUACUUUGAAAAGAGUGGAUAUUAUUACCACAUAAGCAAAUGCAAAAAAAAAAAAAAAAAAAAAAAAAAGAAAUCACAGCCCCCUUGUCUGCUUCCCGAAUCAAGGAUCUAAUGUAUACAACACACCCAAUUCACAUCCGGCGCCGGACAAAAAAGACGUCAUUCAAAAGUAUCCCAAUUCCGCGGGGGGAAAACGGGCAUUUUCAGAAAUUGGAGUUUGUGUUACAUACCGAAAAAACCCUCUCUAUACCCUACAGAAGUGCACUAGUCAGUGAUAUGGACUAAUAGAUUUUGGGCUAUGUAGUGCACUAUAUGGCCAGUUGGAGCGGUUUGAGAUGCAGCCUGAGUAAACAUGGCGCAUUGCGAUGUCGUAACCGUCGAGUUGGAACUUCCUGUGUAGAGCCAAUCACAGCGCGCUUUGGCCUGAGCUGUAUAUUUUCCAAUUUUAACGACCAGGGCGGAGCGUUUCCGGUGUAAGGCUAGAGCAACGUGGGUUAAUACUUCAUCCACGCCUGAUACAUCGAGACGGUCAGCAGAGUAAGAGCUACAGGUUUUAGAUUAUAUACACUGUUCAUUUGGGUAGAAAACGACUGUGUGUUGAAUCGGUUUACGUAUAAGCCUUCCCCACAAUUGAAUAGCGGUUUAUUAGCAACUUGUAACCACUCGCAAACUUUAUUUUCGCGAUGAGUGGAGUUAGUUGUGUCGACCAGACUCCGUCUUUUGAGAAGACCUGGGGCAGCUCGGCGAGCAGCGGAUACUGCAGUGAGGAAGACUCGGACUCGGAGCUCGAGCAGUAUUUCACCGCGCGCACUUCCUUCUUUCACAAACCCCAAAAACAGAAGGAUGAGGUGACGGAGAGCAAGAAACAAGAGCUGUCACAUUCAGAGAUUCAGCAGAAGAUAAAGGAGUACAAUGCUCAGAUAAACAGCAACCUCUUCAUGUCUUUGAACAAAGAUGGCUCCUACAAUGGUUUCAUCAAAGUUCAUCUGAAGCUGGUACGGCCUGUGUCUGUUCCACCUCCACGAAAGGGUACUACAUCUCAGGAGCCAGCCAAUGGGAAGAGGGGGGGAGCAGUGAAAAGACGCACGUCCUUCUACCUCCCAAAGGACACGGCCAAACAUCUGCACAUCAGCUCUCGAACUCGUGCACAAGAAGUGAUUCAGGCCCUGCUGAAGAAAUUCACAGUUAUCGACAAUCCUGCAAAGUUUGCACUGUUUGAGCGCACUGAGCGCCAUGACCAAGUGUACCUAAGGAAGCUGCCUGAUGAUGAGUGUCCACUGUUCCUGCGUUUGUGUGCUGGUCCGAACGAGAAGGUCCUGAGUCUGGUACUAAAGGAGAAUGAGACUGGAGAAGUCAAUUGGGAUGCAUUUUCUCUGCCGGAGCUGCAGAAUUUUCUGCGCAUUCUGAAGAGAGAGGAAGAGGAACAUGUAAAGCAGAUCAUGCAACGCUAUGCAGUCGCUCAUGAUCGCAUCCAGCAAGCUCUGGUCAGCACCAAACCUGGCUGAUCACUUCACAGUGCCUGUCUUACUGAUGAGUGGCCAAUAGGGGGCCUCAGUCUCCACCAUGUCCAACUAUCCAUACGGACUAGCAUCAGUGCGAUUUGUGUGUGUGUGAGAGAGAGAGCGAGAGUGUGAUCGCGUGUGGAAAUGUAAGUGCGCAACCAGAUGUGCGUACAUGGAGAGAAUGAGUCGUGACUGAGAGCGAGCGAAAGCAUACUGGGGAAUGGACGAGUGAAAAUAGAACACCUUGUCGUGAAUGGUGUGUGAUUUGUUCGAGUGAGUGUAGAGAGUACUCAAGAUAGAACAGUGUGUUUCUAUGGAGACUACACAGGACUCUCUUGAUUUCACUGUUGGUGAAGUUUUAAAUUUACUUUUUUCUUCAUCUCUUCUUUCUCCAUGAGACUAUGGAGUUUUUUCUUCUUCUUUCAUAUCCAGGUUAUUGAAGAAUCUAGUUGUAGUAAGUCCAUGUGACUGGACCUGCUGUGCAAUGUUGAAAAUGUCUCGUAACUCAUCCAUCCGACUCCUUCAGUACUACUGAGUGGUGGGGAAUGCCGGGGAAUUCCCGAUUAUUCAGUUGAACUGAUGAAGCCCCUUAGAUGAGUGGUGAAAUCUUCAGCAUUAAAGCAACAAGACCAGUUGCCUUAACUUACUACUUCUAGAUUGUUUUUGCUUGGUUUGCUUACAUUAAUUUUUGUACUUCUCUUGGAACACUGUGCUCAAACAAACAGUUUUUGUCCAUGUUUUUAUUUGUAUUAACUCCAUUCUUGUUGCAUACCUAAUAAAGCUGUUCUGUCACUUUAUAUGUCCUUUAUAUGUAUGUUUUGUGAGUCACCUUGUUGCACAGUAUUCAAACUUUACCUUUUCACAUGUGCACUUAAGUUUUUGGAAGCCUUCCCAACUAUCUGACACUAUCCCCCACCCCACAAUAAAUGAUUUCCUUUUUA